UGAAAUUUAUUGCACAUGCUAUUUGUUGCAGGUCCUGUUGCAGAAGACAUGUUCCAUUGGCAAGCAACGAUCAUGGGGCCAACAGAUAGCCCUUAUGCGGGUGGUGUGUUCCUGGUUUCAAUUCAUUUCCCUCCCGAUUACCCUUUUAAGCCCCCUAAGGUUGCCUUUAGAACCAAGGUCUUUCACUCAAACAUCAACAGCAAUGGAAGUAUCUGCCUUGAUAUUCUUAAAGAGCAGUGGAGUCCGGCAUUGACCAUAUCUAAGGUCCUCUUGUCCAUCUGUUCUCUAUUGACGGAUCCAAACCCGGAUGAUCCACUCGUACCAGAAAUUGCUCACAUGUACAAGACUGACAGGGCCAAAUACGAGGCCACUGCUCGGAGCUGGAUGCAAAAGUACGCAAUGGGAUAAAGGCGAAAUGCUACCGGGGAUGUCCUCCAAAUAUGUGUAACUUAAGUGUUUUAAAUUUUUCAUUAUUCUUGAUUCAAUAAGUUGUUCGCAAGGAACGUAGUAUUGUAGUUUGUGCUUGUCCAGUGGUUAACUGGUUAUGAAUCUUUUAAUUUGUAAAUAUAUUAAUAUUAAUUAGACAGAUUGAUGUAAGGGGAAACUGUAUUGUAAUGUCUACUUUGGUUUCAAGCUGUUUUUCUGUUAAGUUUACA